AUGUCCAACCAAUUGUUUUUCCUGAGCUUGGCGGACAUCUUCUCGGUGUAUCCGGCCAUCUUCAAGGAGCAGAGCAAGAAGCUAAAGAAGACCAAGCAGAUCUAUUUGCCCAGCGAUGAGGAGUGGCAGGAUAAGAUGUACUACAUGCUACUGGAGAUUCAGCGACAUGUGAACGACUCCUCCGAUGAUAAGAUAUCCCUGCACGAUAUCAAUAAGAAGGAGAAACCCAUGUUCGAUCCCAUGCGUAUCACCAAAAUCAUUUCGCCGGGUGUUAGUCCCAAUGGACGACGUAGCAGGACUCUCAAAUACUGUCAUUCUACCACAGUCAAGGUUAAAUUAAAGUCCGGAGCACGUUGGACUUUGCCCACCAUCGCUAAUGCCGCAAAACUCCUUCGCAAACCACCGAUUUUAGUGGAUUUUCAAAAUGAGCAUGAUAUGCGAUUGGCCUUCUCGCUAAUAUACGAUGUCUUUCGCUAUAAAGUUGUAAUGUCAAAUGCCUUGAAUGACGUCGGUUUCUUUGAGAAACACAAGGAGUACAAAAACGACGAACAACGCAUUUGGUUAAUGCUCUUCGAGCUCUACGAUCGCCAGUUCAAAGGUCGCAACUCCGAGGAAAAGGAUUUGCAGGCGCGACUUUAUAAGGAGUCUGAAGUUACAGAACUCGCGGAUGUCCUUUGGCUGCAUCGCAUACGAUUGGCAGCCUCGAUUUCGCGGAUGAGGAUUCGGGUUGGAGCUCUCCGCCUCUCACAACUGCUGCCCAUUCAUCUCCAGAAUGAAAAGGUGGCCAUCGCAGCUGCAAAUCCUGUGGUCACCGGUUGGAUAAAUCCCUUUUUAGUGCGGAAUAAGGAAGAGGCAGAUAAGAUCCUUGCCGAUAUGGGCUUUACUGUACACGGUCCAGACGAUGAGGAGCAAUUGCUGGUGCAGCACUGUAAAUGGGACAAUAUCUGUCCUUUGGUCAUAUCCUGCAUUCCCAAGGACCGCAGCGAGUUUACCAAAUCCGUGCUGAUGACUAAACAUUACUUUAUUAUGCAGGACAAGAACUUCACUUUUGGCCCGGCCAUAAUGUCCAAGUUGAUGGACUACUUUGAACUGGAUGGCGAUAUAUUGCAGACCCAUAUAGGUUCCCCCCGAUCCACCGCCUAUUUGGCCGCUCUCUUCUACUCCAUCAAUCGGGUGAAUAACUUUUAUGUCUAUGGAGCCGGGGCGAAUCUCAAGGAGUACCGUCGCUACAUGGAAUCCAUUGGAGUAAAUAAUAUCAGGCUGUUUGGCGAUGCCUUCACCUCGUUCCCCAUGGAAUCGAAUCGCUUUCGCACGGUGGUGGGAAUUUUCGCCACUCCCCCGAACUCCUUUAGUGCCAUCUCGGAUCCCAUCGACUUGAUUUGUUCGCGGGGCGGAGAUCUGAGUAUGCUGGAGGUGCUCACCGAAUCGGAGGUCAGCGACGAGGGUCGCCAGCGGGUGGCCAUGAUCCUCGAGGAGCAGCUGCUGACCCUCACCAUGUCGAUGUCGCGACCGCAGGUGCAGUUUGUCCUCUAUCAAACGCACUCGAUUGUGGGCACCGAAAACGAGGAUAUGGUGCAGCAUGUGGUGGAGCUGAUCAACAAACUGGCCCUGGAGAAGCAUCGCAAUGCCUACAAGGAGCAGAAGCGACUGGAGGCGAUAGCCGAGGCCGAGGCAGCCAAUAUUCCGGCGGCUGCCAUGACCAAGGAUUCGCCCAGGAAGAAGGAUAAGCCGGUGGCUCAACCCGAAGUUCCUACUCCAGCUGCAGCUCCUCCCCUUCCACGAGUGGAUAGUAUUGACCUGAUAGUAACCCCCGAUAUCGAUGAAUUUGUGCAGGACACUGUGCCCGAUAUUUGCAUCAAUCAGGAUAAUUGCAUCAAACAGCAGGUUACGGGUAGCUAUUUAUCUUUGGUUCGUAGGAAAACGUUGACUCAUCUCAAUGAGAAAUACCUCAUUCGUCGGGCCGAGCAGAGAGGACUCUUUGGCAAACCGGAAAAGGACUCGAAGGAUAAGUCGCGACCCAAGACGGUGAAACUGCAGGAACAGCAAUCGGAACCAGCGCCCCAGGAUAUGUUCUAUGAUCGCGGGAACUCUGCGAAUAAAUCAAGUGCCCAGCAAAUUCUCCAGCGUCUGCAGCGUUCGACGAGCGCCAGUGCGAUCCGUUCGCACCUGACCAAGGUAUCAUCGACAUACCGCCGCCCCAUCGCCUUCAACUUUAUUCGGCGCGAGUGCAAGAGGUUCUACGUUCUGCCCGUCUAUAUGCACAGCACCAAGCAGAGCAUUCGAUUAUGGUGGCAAUAUGCCUACAAAUGCGUCACACCCGCCGCUCCGUCGGAUGCCGCCUGGAAUCCGAAUCUGAAAUUUAGGCUCCACUGCAGCCGGCAGCUGCGCAUCCGGAAAUUGAGACGUGGUCCGUGGUCCAGGAGGCAGCCACUGCGGUUGCAUAUCAAUGACAUCAAGCUGUUGUGCCAGGUGCGCAGGCGAAGUAAAUAA